AUGAUACUGCGGCAGGAAUGCUCCCCCGUGCCCGCGGACGGGCGAAGGCGGGAGUUGUACCCACGACUGGAGGCCCUGGUGCGGGCCCUUGUCGAGGCGCCCUACCGACGGCUGACGCCGCACUUUAAUGUAAUGGCUGUGCUGAGCAACGUUACCGCCGCGCUUUUUUAUGAAAUGAACCAUCAUGCUAGCCCGGCGGCGACGCUGCAGGAGCUUCCUGUGAACUGGCUUGGUUUAUACCUGCUUCAAAGCCCCCAGCUACUUGCGCUGGGGCCCUUCCAGGGACGCCCGACGCACAUGGCAAUUGAAAUGGGACACGGUGUGUGUGGCACGGCGGCACAGAUGGGCGAAGUGCUUAUCGUGCCUGACGCGCAUGCCUUUCCGGGACAUGUCCCAGGCGACGCCGUCUCGAAGUCGGAGAUUGCCGUCCCGAUCAAAAGUGCCGCAGGGCAUGUGGUUGGUGUUAUGAAUGUCGUCAGCACUCGGCGGGACUUCUUUGACGAGGUGGACGCAGCGGGUUUGAAGAACAUCGCGGCAAUUCUGGUUCUACAUGUGGAAUUUCCAAUGGCUCGCACUUUGGCGAAGAAUCCGCUCCUGGCAGACGCGGCGUCUCUACAGGCGGCCGCCGUGCCUUCUCCUCCUCCUUUGCCAGGGAAUCACGGCGGCAGCGCAGAGCCGCGUGUAGGCGAAGCUGCUGGGCCAAGAGCACAAGCCGCGUCGCUGCCGUCUCCAGCCACGAGAAUAGCUGCGGCUGUCAUUACCCGUGCACCGCCCGCACCGCCCGUGACCAAGUCCACGCAGGUAGAAGUUAAUACCACUGCGCAGAAGUGUUCACGGUGGGUCUCGCGUCGCGUUGGCGGGUGGGAGUUUUCCGUGACGGAGUUCUCCCGCAUCUUGACGCAGGAGGAGGUGCGACACUAUGAGGAGGCGCUCGGCAUCAGCGCCAUUCCAGAGAUUCCGUUCGCGUUUAACACACUCCGCAUCGCCCCGGCAGAGCGAACGGACGCUCCUUUUGUGUCGUUUUCGUUGUUGGAGGUGUUGCGUUCGGCGGCGGCUUUCUACCGCAGCAAGGCUUACAGCCAGUCGACCCUGCCGCAGCUGCAGGUCCCCGUCGCGGAGUCGUGGAAGCACACACAGUACACCAUCGUCGACGCAAAGGUUGACUGGGCGUGGCGGAACAACUACUUUGGCGUCGACGAGUGGCGCUGCAGGCUGAAGCCGCUUGAGCCCUCCAUGCCUGGAGUGAACUGGGGGCUGCUGAAGGACAGGACACUGCCCAUUCUCUUUUUCCACCAGUUUGACAUGAUGGAGGACGACCUGCACGACCACGGCGUCGUGACGAGUUCCGUGCGCAUCCGUGUCAUGUCCGAGGCGUUCUUUCUCCUUUUUCGCCACUUUGUCCGCGUUGACGGGUACCGUGUGUGGAUGCGGGAGGUGCGGCUCUUUCAAGAGUUCGCCGUUAAGCGCCCCGACGGGCAGCCGCACCUCGUCGUGCGAGAGGAGGUGCGCAUCCUCGACCUUGGCGACGGCGAAAAGUACCGCCAUUACUCACCCGACGACUACGCGCGGGAGGCCACCGUCGUCGAGGCCCACGACUUCUACGCGAACGUUGAGGACCCCACGUACGGUGACUGGUGGGCGAGCAUCGGCGUCGCCUGA